AUGGCUAUCGCAAUCGUCAAGAUCGGAAUUUCAUUGAAAAUGCUACCAAAUAACAGUGCCGUGUUCUUCAAAUCGGACGGUGGGAGAUUUGGCCAAACCAGGACGAUUAAAUUGCUAACGGGGUCAAAGUACAAGAUUGAAGUGGUUGUCAAACCUGGGGCUGCAGAGGCAACCACUAUGAGUGUAGGCGGAGUCAUCUUCCCCUUGGAGCAGAAGUCUAGAGACCCCCAGUCUGUAGUCUACACUGGCGUCUACAACACAGAGGGCAUGACUCACACCAAGAGUGGAGACAGACAAGCUGUACAGAUCAGUUUGCAGUUCCCAGAGGUGGGCUCUUUUGAAGUGGUGUGGCAGGUGAAGUACUACAACUACAACAAGAGGGACCACUGCCAGGGGGGCAACAGUUUCAACAGCAUCGAGUACGAGUGCAAGCCCAACGAGACACGCAGCCUGAUGUGGGUCAACAAGGAGCUGUUCGUCUGA